CUCUCUCUCUCUCUCUCGCAAGAACAAAUCAUUUGUCUAAUGUCUCCUUGAUCCAUCACGGUCUCCAGAAUAAGUCUCUACAACAUUGUUCUCGGAAUAUUUCAGGGAUGGGAAGGAGAGAUUCAUGUUUUCAAGAAACAACAUAUGUUUCCUUCUUCGUUCUUCUUUCCUUAAUCUUUCAUCAAAAUGUAAUCUGUCAAGAAGAGAGAAGCUUGGAUAAUCCCGCUGCUAAUCGUCUCUAUAACCAAUUCGUCUUCGACAAAAUAUCCAAUCUCACCGAAGUUUUUGAGGAUGAUAUUAAACGAGAACUCGGUUUCUGCAUUACCAAUGUAAAAGAAGAUUAUAACGAAGCUUUUAAUUUCUCUAAAAAGCCAGAUUUCUUAAAUGCCUGUGGUAAAUCCACAAAAGGUGACAUGAUGCAGAGGAUAUGUACGGCUGCAGAAGUGAGAAUAUACUUUAAUGGAUUAUUAGGAGGUCCAAAGAGAGCUACGAAUUACUUAAAACCGAACAAGAACUGCAAUCUAUCUUCAUGGAUGUCUGGAUGUGAACCUGGAUGGGCUUGUCGUACUGCUAAAGAUGUGAAAGUUGACCUUAAAGACGAUAAGAAUGUUCCUGUAAGAACUCAGCAAUGUGCGCCUUGCUGUGCAGGUUUCUUCUGCCCUCGUGGCAUCACCUGCAUGAUCCCUUGUCCUUUGGGAGCUUAUUGUCCAGAGGCUGAGCUGAAUAAGACAACAGGAUUAUGCGACCCAUAUCAUUACCAGCUUCCUUCUGGACAGCCAAAUCAUACCUGUGGUGGAGCUGACAUAUGGGCUGAUAUUGGUAGUAGCAGUGAGGUUUUCUGUUCAGCUGGAUCGUUUUGUCCUUCCACUAUCGACAAGCUUCCUUGUAGCAAAGGACAUUAUUGCAGGACAGGUUCUACUGCAGAACUAAAUUGUUUUAAGCUGGCAACAUGCAACCCAAGAUCAACAAAUCAAAAUAUCACAGCAUAUGGAAUCAUGCUUUUUGCUGGGUUAGGUUUCUUGCUCAUAAUCUUAUACAACUGUUCUGAUCAAGUGCUUGCGACAAGAGAAAGAAGGCAGGCAAAAUCCAGGGAAAAAGCAGUACAAAGUGUGCGUGAUUCACAGUCACGGGAGAAAUGGAAAUCUGCCAAAGAUAUAGCUAAGAAGCAUGCGACCGAGCUGCAGCAAUCGUUUUCCCGAACAUUUUCGAGGAGAAAAUCUAUGAAACAACCAGAUUUGAUGAGAGGUUUAAGCCAAGCAAAACCUGGAUCAGAUGCUGCCUUACCACCAAUGUCAGGAAGUAGCUCAGACACGAAAAAGGGAAAGAAAAAGGAUAAGAACAAACUAACUGAGAUGUUACAUGACAUUGAACAAAACCCUGAAGAUCCUGGAGGGUUUAAUCUUGAGAUUGGUGAUAAAAACAUCAAAAAACAUGCUCCAAAAGGCAAGGCCUUGCAUACUCAGAGCCAGAUGUUCAGGUACGCUUAUGGCCAGAUUGAAAAGGAAAAAGCAAUGCAGGAGCAGAACAAGAACUUGACUUUCUCUGGAGUCAUCUCCAUGGCUAAUGAUAUCGACAUACGAAAGAGACCUACGAUUGAAGUUGCUUUUAAAGACCUUACGAUUACUCUAAAAGGGAAAAACAAACAUCUCAUGAGAUGUGUGACUGGUAAACUAUCACCUGGACGUGUUUCUGCUGUGAUGGGUCCUUCUGGUGCUGGGAAAACCACUUUCCUAACAGCUUUGACAGGCAAAGCACCAGGUUGCACCAUGAGUGGAAUGAUUCUCGUAAACGGCAAGGUUGAAUCAAUUCAAUCCUACAAGAAAAUCAUAGGUUUUGUGCCUCAGGAUGACAUUGUCCAUGGAAACUUAACAGUGGAGGAGAAUCUCUGGUUCAGUGCAAGAUGCAGGCUGCCUGCGGAUCUCCCAAAGCCGGAAAAGGUUUUAGUUGUGGAAAGAGUCAUUGAGUCACUUGGUCUGCAACAUGUUCGAGACUCUCUUGUUGGUACUGUGGAAAAGAGAGGAAUCUCUGGAGGUCAGAGGAAAAGAGUCAAUGUGGGUCUUGAAAUGGUGAUGGAACCAUCACUUUUGAUAUUAGACGAACCAACUUCAGGCCUUGACAGUUCAUCUUCUCAGUUACUUCUCAGAGCUUUACGCCGUGAAGCUCUUGAAGGAGUAAACAUCUGUAUGGUUGUCCACCAGCCCAGGUUCAACAUAUAUACUCUCUUAUCAGCUAAUACUAAACAGAUGAUUAGAUCUUGUUCUCAUUUGAUCCUGUCUCUCUGCAGUUAUACUCUGUUUCGGAUGUUUGAUGAUCUAAUACUUCUGGCAAAAGGUGGACUGAUAUGUUACCAAGGAUCAGUGAAAAACGUUGAAGAAUACUUCUCGAGCCUCGGAAUUGUUGUCCCUGAGCGUGUGAAUCCUCCUGAUUACUACAUUGAUAUAUUAGAAGGCAUAUUAAAGCCAAGCACAAGCUCAGGGGUUACAUAUAAACAGCUUCCAGUUAGAUGGAUGCUUCAUAAUGGGUAUCAAGUUCCUAUGGACAUGCUUAAAAGCAUUGAAGGGAUGGCUUCAUCAGCUUCCGCUGAAAACUCUGCUCACGGAGGAAGCGCUCAUGGGAGCGUCGUAGGAGAUGAUGGAACAUCUUUCGCUGGAGAGUUUUGGCAAGAUGUCAAGGCAAAUGUUGAAAUCAAGAAAGAUACCUUGCAGAAUAACUUCAGUAGUUCAGGUGAUUUAUCCGCGAGAGAAGUUCCUGGUGUGUAUCAGCAAUACAGAUACUUCUUAGGAAGGUUAGGUAAACAAAGACUGCGAGAAGCAAGGACACUAGCUGUAGAUUACCUAAUACUUUUACUUGCUGGUAUCUGCUUAGGAACACUUGCUAAAGUGAGCGAUGAAACAUUUGGUGCCAUGGGAUAUACAUAUACAGUCAUUGCUGUUUCUCUAUUGUGUAAGAUUACUGCAUUAAGAUCUUUCUCUCUGGAUAAACUACAUUAUUGGAGAGAAAGCCGAGCCGGAAUGAGCAGCCUGGCUUACUUCCUAGCAAAAGACACAGUUGAUCACUUCAACACCAUAGUUAAACCGCUUGUUUAUCUAUCCAUGUUCUACUUCUUCAACAAUCCAAGAUCAACAGUUACAGACAAUUAUGUUGUCCUAAUCUGUCUUGUAUACUGUGUGACUGGCAUAGCUUAUGCCCUAGCCAUACUUUUCGAACCUGGUCCAGCUCAACUAUGGUCAGUGUUACUUCCAGUGGUUCUGACUUUAAUUGCCACCAGUACAAACGACAACAAAAUCGUAGAUUCAAUCUCAGAGUUGUGCUACACGAGAUGGGCUCUAGAAGCAUUUGUGGUAUCAAACGCUCAAAGAUAUAAAGGAGUCUGGCUUAUCACUCGGUGUGGGUCACUGAUGGAGAAUGGAUACAACAUCAAGCACUUCCCUCGUUGCCUCAUCUUCCUGACAUUAACCGGUAUCUUGAGCCGCGGUGCAGCUUUCUUUUGUAUGGUAACUUUCCAAAAGAAAUAGCUUUUAAGUUUCCAAAACCUCUUCCUUCUGUACCUGCAAAUCUCGGGAAACUCGAAAAUACCAAUUUUUUCCCUAUACCUAUACGCAUCAAAUACACUCACAAAGGUUUUACAAGGAAGAACACAUCAUUUGGAGAAGAUAAUAGCCCGCCACACUGUUCAUAGGUAGUUCCAUCAUCAGAGUUAAAGAUUCCUACCUGUAAUUAUUCAUGUUGUAU